GGAGCGAUGAGUGUCGAUGAUGUCCAGCCAAUACAGUGGUUACUUUCAUGCUGCGCUGGCGAUGGGGCCGCCAAUAUUUGCUAAAAAUAAAGUGACCAAGCAGUGGAAGGAAGUAGAUGCUUAUGCAGCACCAGGCCGCGCAGUAGCGUGCAUUGGGUUUGAAAUUGUGACCCCAAGCUCGUCACUCGUUCUUCGUGCGUUUCAAUCCACUCCAGCGGUUUAUGUAUGUGAAUGAGUGAUUUUGCUGUUGUUGCUGCGAUGGAUUUUGUGUGGAAGCGAUGAAAUAUUUGAUCACCCGCCAACGACGUGCCAUGUGUGUUUGCGUUCCGACAAGCCAUACGCUUCUUACGGUGGAGUGAAGCGUAUGAUUAUUUUGAUAUCGUUUUCGGGAAGGUGAUGCUUCAAAUUACCACAUUAGUGUGAGCAGUGACCAUUACCAGGGGUGAGCGGAACCAGCAGGGACGAAGAAGCAUGGCACCCAAUGUGUCGGACAGUGUAGCGACAGACACCGACCCGAACGCGAGUUCCGUGCUGAAAGCAAACACGGACAAGGAUACGGUUUGGAAGCGGAAACACCAGCCACCGGGCAGCGGCGACAGCACAAUCAAUGACCAGAAUAAUAACAGCAGUAGCAGUACGGGCAGCCAGAGCGAUAAUCACUGUGAUCAUGACACGAGCGUACCCUUUCGGGCACAGAUACGGUGGCCCGACUUUUUCGCCCAGCUGUUCGUGCACGUUGGCUUUCUGAUUGGGCUCUACUAUUUGGUGACAUUCCGGGCCAAGUUUUACACAUAUUUAUGGACCUUGGGAUUGGUGUGGGCUACCGGGUUGGGCAUUACAGCCGGUGCCCAUCGACUGUGGUCGCACAAAUCAUACAAAGCCCGUUGGCCUUUGAGGGUGCUGUUGAUGUUUCUAUUCACGAUAUGUGGACAGCGCGAUGCGUACACGUGGGCCCACGAUCAUCGCGUCCACCACAAGUACUCGGAAACCGAUGCCGAUCCGCACAACGCCAAGCGGGGUUUUUUCUUCGCCCACGUGGGCUGGGUGUUUCUUACGCCGCAUCCGGAGGUCGUCGCAAAGCGGAAAAUCAUCGACAUGAGCGAUCUCGAGGCGGAUCCGAUCGUUAUGCUUCAGCGGCGCUUCUACAUUCCACUGUUUGCACUGCUCGUAAUCGGGCUUCCGGUGCUGGUGCCCUGGUACUGGUGGGACGAGCAGCUGGCCGUCGCAUUCUGGGUGUGCUUCACGUUUCGCUUUACCACCACGCUCAACAUUGCGUUCUUCGUGAACAGUGUGGCGCACAUGUUUGGCAACAAACCGUACGAUAAGAGCAUCAGCCCGGUGGAGAAUUUGGCCGUCGCUAUUGCGGCGAUGGGUGAGGGCUGGCACAACUAUCAUCACGUGUUUCCGUGGGACUACAAGACGAGCGAGCUGGGCAGCUAUCUGUUUAACGUGACGACGGGCUUUAUCGAUUGCUUUGCGCGGGUCGGAUGGGCUUACGAUCGUAAAUCAGUACCGGCAGAGGUUGUCGCUCGGCGUGCAGCCAAGUGUGGCGAUGGAACUCGCUUCCUUACCGACGAGUACGCACACCAAGAUGCCGUGUGGGGCUACGGCGAUCAGGACAUACCAAAGGAAGAUAUGGACGCUAUAGUAAGGACUCAACGUUGACCGUCCGAAGCGGUACGGGUUGACCUUGUUGACACAGCGAGGGCAUUGGAGCAAAUGUUCUGUAGUUUGUUUUUGUAAUACAAUCAGCUUUACUAGAAUGUGUUUGCACAGGCCUCAUAGUCAUUGAUUGAUAAGUGAAUAAACAUUCUUUUUUCAUCUAAUGCCUAA